AUGAACUUCAUGAAAGAUCCGUUAAGCCUGGAGCGCCUGGGAGCCGGGAAUAAGCUGUGCUCCACUCCACCUUCCUCCUCCUCCUCCUCCUCUUCAUCCUCUUGCCACCAUCACCAGUCGGCCCUGGUCAUGGCUUCAGCUGUAGCGGCGGGGCAGUCUCGCUCUGCCCUGGACGCCUCCAAACACCGGCUGGAGGUGCACACCAUCUCGGACACCUCCAGCCCCGAGGCCGCAGAGAAAGAGAAAAGCCAGCAGAGUAAAAAUGAGGAUGCCGGGGUUGAGGAUCCCUCCAAGAAAAAGAGGCAACGGCGGCAGAGGACUCAUUUCACCAGCCAGCAGCUGCAAGAACUAGAGGCCACUUUCCAGAGGAAUCGCUACCCGGACAUGUCCACCCGGGAAGAGAUCGCCGUCUGGACCAACCUCACCGAAGCCAGAGUCAGGGUUUGGUUCAAGAACCGCAGAGCCAAAUGGAGAAAGAGAGAAAGAAACCAGCAGGCUGAGCUUUGCAAAAACGGCUUUGGUCCACAAUUUAACGGUCUAAUGCAACCCUACGAUGAUAUGUACCCCGGCUAUUCUUACAACAACUGGGCAGCCAAAGGCCUGACCUCGGCCUCCCUUUCCACCAAAAGUUUUCCUUUCUUCAACUCUAUGAAUGUCAACCCCCUGUCUUCUCAGAGCAUGUUCUCCCCUCCAAAUUCCAUCUCCUCCAUGAGUAUGUCUUCCAGUAUGGUGCCCUCUGCAGUCACCGGGGUCCCCGGUUCCAGCCUCAACAGCCUGAAUAACUUGAACAACUUGAGCAAUCCCUCUCUGAAUUCUGCCGUGCCCACGCCAGCCUGUCCUUAUGCUCCUCCAACACCUCCUUAUGUUUAUAGGGACACAUGUAACUCUAGCUUGGCUAGUCUGAGACUUAAAGCCAAGCAGCACUCCAGCUUUGGAUACGCCAGUGUUCAGAACCCAGCUUCCAACCUGAGCGCCUGCCAAUACGCUGUGGACAGACCCGUGUGAGAUAUUAAAGUAUAAAAUACUGAAUGGGAAUCCCUCCCCCUUCCCACAAAGACUGAGAAUUAUACUAGAAAGUAAUGGGCACUAUAGAGAAAGAGAAAGAAUGGAAGGAAGGAAGGAAGGAAGAAGAGAGAGAGAAAAUGA